AUGAGCACCAAGACGCGAAGCCCAAGUGUAUCGUCACCUAGUGGUAGUAGUGAUGAUGAUGGAUCCCCCAAUCGUCAUCUCACGGCCGAUGGUCAACCGAAGAAAUGUCGUUUUAAUGAUUGCGAUAAUUUCGCAGUUGACGGCACGAGCAAGUGUGCUUUCCACAAGAAUCGACGUCAAUGUUGUGUUGAGAAUUGUACAAACCAAGUCUAUGCCCGUAAACUCUGUGUCCGUCAUGGUGGUAAGAAACAAUGUCAAGCAGAGAAUUGUGAAGCCCAUGCAAGAGGUGGUGGCUUUUGUUUACAACAUGGUGGAUUUGUGGUCAAACGCUUUUGUAUUGUCGAAGGAUGCUCUAAACAGGCCCAUGCACGGCAGAAGUGUGUGCGUCAUGGUGGUGGACGUCGAUGUAAAGUAGACGGCUGUAUGCAACACGCACGAGCGGGUGGGUUGUGUAAUCGUCAUUCCCACGGCCACGAAUGUCGCGUCGACGGUUGUAACAAGACGGCGCAGCACUCGGGUUCCAUCUGUUUCAGACAUGCCAUGGAGCUCCGUGCACAUGGAGAAGAUGUACCAGAGCUUAAUAUUUCUAAGGGUGGACGACUGAGCAGCAAGAAGCGACAGCAACAGCAACGUGAGCAGUUAAUGAAGCAGGAGCAGUUCCAUCACCAGCAGAUCCAGCAUCAGCAGAUCCAUCAGCCUCCUCAUCAUAUGCAGCAACACGGCGCGCCUCCUCAUCCGCUCUCCAUUCAGGUGCCGCAGAGUCAGCACAUGCAGCAACAACAGUCGUCCAGUGCGUCGAAUCCGUUCGGUUUGCCCUUGAAGAUCAAUGUGCCAACAACGAUGCCUAAGUUCAGUCUACGUACACCGCUGGGUAACAGUUUUCCAACACCUCGAAGCCACGAGUUCUCGCUGCUCAUGGGCUUACCUUCUCCGCAGAUUGACAAUUCACAGCUGCCCAGUGUCUUGGCCAUGACAAACGCUGGUACCAACGGCAUGUCUAGUGGCCAGCGUACACCUGGUCUUGAUAGCUUCUUGUCUAGCGGACCGCCCAGUGUGUCGCGGGGCAACACCAGCAACUACCUUUCGCUGGGUCUUUUUCCGACGCCGAGACUUACGGAUCGAACACUUGGUGGCAACGAUGAUACCAUGAUGAGUGACUACAUCAAACUUAUGGGACCUGAUACGCCCAUGGCUUUCCACUCAAACGGCCACUAUGGCGCGUCUCCUCUGCUUGAGAACAUUGGUGCAAACGUGUUUGAUCACAACCAGAAUCACCAAAGUAACCAUGCCAACAAUGCGCCUCGGAGCCACAUGACAGGGAUGGCUGCAAUCCAUGGCAGCAGUCAGCAGCGCAUGAAGAUGGAUUUCCUGUCUCCGCGCGGGUUAGCGGCGCACAAUUUUCAGAGCACUGGAUUUCCCACAUCCACUUCACAUAGCGAAGGCAUGAGUACGGGCAUUACAUCCUCGAGCUCGACGGACUAUGCGGCGCAAUUUUUCGCGGAUACCAAGAACGACAAGACGCGUGGUCGUAUAAAAUCAUCGUCCGUUGCGGCCACUACGACGCCUACUCCCAAGCCUACAGGCGUUACAGCUGCAUAG